CAAAGUACUUAUUAAAGAGACAUCCUGGAACUGACUUGCUAGGUGUUUAGUUCUGUGCCUGCAUCCCUGAAGCGAUCUCCCAGGAGAAAUUCCACAGAAAUCCCACGAACAAGUCGUAAACAAGACCCCGCCCAACAAGGGGAAGCUGUGGUCAAAAUCUUUUUUCCGGAACUCAGCGCUAUUUCCCGCACCCUGGGCGGGGUUGCCUUCUCUGCUUUGCGGUUCUACAGCGCUUGAGACCCGUGUGAAGAAAAUGAAGGUUUCUGGGAUCUCAAAGCAUCUGGGCACUGUGGGACGCCUUGUAGCUUUCUGCCAAGGCAGAGUCCAGCUGGCGGUCCUGCUGCUGUCCUUGGCGCCAUCUACUUUAGGCCAGUGCACAGACCCACCAUGGUUUUCAUUUGCCAGCCGUCUAAAUAAAACUGAUGAAUCCAGUUUUCCCAUUGGAACAUCUUUGAUGUAUGAAUGCCGCCCAGGAUAUUUCAAGAGGCAGUUCUCCAUCAUCUGCCAACAAAACUCAGACUGGACAAGUGCUGAAGAUAUAUGUAUACGUAAACCAUGUGAAACUCCUAAAGAUCCUGAGAAUGGCAUAGUACAUGUACACACAGACAUUCGGUUUGGAUCCAGUAUUAAUUAUACUUGUAAUCCAGGAUACCGCCUCAUUGGUUCCUCCUCUGCUGUAUGUGUAAUCUCAGAUCAAAAUGUUGCUUGGGAUAACGAGACACCUAUUUGUCAGAUAAUUUCUUGUAAGGAUCCCCCCUCCAUUGCCAAUGGAGAUUUACUUACUACCUCAGAAGAUUAUCAUUAUGGAACGGUGGUUACCUAUCGCUGCAGAUCUGAUGCAAGAGGGAAGAAGCUCUUUAACCUGGUGGGUGAGGCAUCCUUACACUGUACCAGCAAUGAAGAGAAAGUUGGAGUCUGGAGUGGCCCUCCUCCUCAGUGCAUUGAACUCAAGAAAUGUACACCUCCUCAUGUUGAAAAUGCAUUCAUAGUGUCAGAAAACAAAAGCUUGUUUUCCUUAAGGGAUAUUGUGGAGUUUAAAUGUCAGCCUGGCUUUAGCAUGGAAGGAGCCAGUAGUGUGCAGUGUCAUGACCUAAACAAAUGGGAGCCAGAGUUACCAAUUUGCUUCAAGGUGAAAUCCUGUGGUGCUUUCCUGGAACAUCUUCCUAAUGGACGUGUGCUAUUUCCACUAAAUCUUCAACUUGGAGCCAAAGUGUCCUUUGUUUGUAAUCCAGGGUUUCAAUUAAAAGGAAAUUCUGCUAGUCAUUGUGUUCUGUCUGGAAGGGACAGUGUUUGGGAUAGCCAUGUUCCUGUGUGUGAAAAAGUGAUAUGUAGCCUCCCACAGGAUAUGAGUGGAGUCCAGAAAGAGUUGAAAAUGAAAGAAUAUUACUAUGGAAAUAAUGUAACUUUGGAAUGUGAGGAUGGGUAUACUCUAGAAGGCAGUUCUCAGAGCCAGUGCCAGUCAGAUGCCAGCUGGGAUCCUCCUCUGGCCAAAUGUGUAUCUCGCACAAACAUCAGUCUCAUAGCUGGCAUUGUCUUUGGGGUGAUCUUUAUUUUACUUGUCAUUGUUUGCUAUUGGCUGAUUCGGAAAUAUAAAAAACGCAAUACCACAGAUGAAAAGUGUAAAGAAGUGAGUAUCCAUUUCAAUUCUCAAGAAGACAGCUGUAUUCACCCUCAAGCUCUGCUCGCAAGUCAGGAGAACAGCAGUUCCACUAGCCCACCUCGGAAUUCACUCACCCAAGAGGCCUCCUAAAUAGCCACAUUGCAAAGUGAUGACUGUUUGGAACACCAAGCAUAUCCUGCCUGUAAUGUUUUACACGUGUAUAAAAUUUAUACAUGUAAUUCCUUCACUUGAGAGGUUGACACAGAAGAAUUGCUACAAGUUCAAGGCCUCUCAUGACAUUUAACCUUUCUCAAAAAUAAAUAAAAAUAAAUAAAUAAGUGGUAUAAAUUCAUUUUUAAAAUGGUAAAUACACAGAAUAUUUUGUAUAUAUUGAGCCAGAUGUGAUGACUGACUCCUGUAAUCACUCUGGAAAACCCUGAGGCAAGAGGAUCAAAAGUCAUAUAAAGAGAUCAAGGUCAGUCUUGACUGCAGUCUACCAAAGCAUUAAGGUUAAUUAUUUUUGGCAACAUUUUGUAGACAAUGAGUGAGAAUCUAUACUAAGCACAAGACCUGUGUGCCCAGGCCAGAUGUCAAAGCGAAAUGAAAAGGUGGAGGCAUAUGUCAAAGAUAUAGCUAUGUGGUGAAGGAGAGAAUGUUUAUAGGAGUAUAGGUGGGUGAUGCUGACCAGUCUUGAUAGAAAGAAAACAAUGAGGAGCAAUCAAGUGGGCAGUAACCAAUGGAAGGCAGGUGGACCUCUUAGGGAUUUGUCUACUGGUUGAGGGACAACAUUCAGGCCAUAAAGGAAAGGCAGCAGUUUUAUUAGGGGAGAACUUGGGUACCUUGUACUGAAUAUGCCAUCCUUGCUUAUUUUUCAUGGUAGUAACAGGAAUGGACACAAUUUCUAAAGCUAACUUUCCUCUGAGAGGCUUAGCCAUCAUUUACACCUCUGCCACAAGCACACUUCUAAAGAGACUCAAGGAAAUGCUUUGUGCAUUGUGGAUGACCUAUGUAUUUUCCAGAUCAAGUCUCUGCUUAUUAACUGACAGAAGGAAAAACAUGAAAGUACUCAUUAAUUUCUUCUUUCCACUCCACAUCCUCCUUUACAUCAUACUUUCUUGUGCCCUACACGAAAAACAGAAAAGAGGGUAAUGAACACUUUUGAUGAAUCUGCAUUUAUAUGUAAUACCAGCAUCCUGAUUAUUGGCAUAUGAAUUCUUGAUAGUUCAGUUAUCCAUCAUGCUGUUAUCUAAAUGAAAACAUCCUGUGAUUUUUAAUGUCCCUUCUUGACAAAAUGGACAAAAACAAAAAUCAGCAAAAACUGCAAAGUUAGAGGAUACCUGGGAUUCUAUGUUAGUUAAGAGGCCAAUUCAUUUCAACAGAGAAAGAUCUAAGAUUCAGGUUUUUGACAUUACUUCACAGACAUUCAGAGAAUUUUGUUUAGGGAUAAUAAUGCUUCCACAGCAUCCAGUAAAAUUCACUUUUAGCCUGCCUGCUUGGUUGUUACUCCCUUGCACCCUUACCUUAUAUUGAAAUCACACACCUAAAGUUAGAGGACAAGACUGAGUGGACAGAAAAUUGAAUGACUUGAAGAAAGAAAGAAAGAUGUAGUCCAAGAGUUCUGCUUUAUAAAUCCAUCAUUUUCCUUUCUUAUUUUAAAAUGUUCAUAAUAUGGAAUGGGUUCAUUAAAAAACAUUAGGAAAAUGCAAAAAUAUAUGAAAACAAAUAAUAAUUAUUCUGUGUAACAGUAGCCAUUACUAAUACAUUUUUAAAAAAGAACACACUCUAAACAUAUCAAUAAAAAGCUUAUGUAAUAUCACCACCUUCUCUAUGGAAUAGAAGUAACUUUUGCUUAUUUAAAAAUAUUUUAAAUGGUGAUAGGGCAAAGUGACCAAGAUUACUCAACAGACUG